GGGGCCGACCCACCCCUAGCUAGCUAGCUAGCUCUAGCUAUAUAGCUAGCUAGCUAGUAGAUAUAAUAUAUCAUAGUUUCGACGCUCACGCGCGCGUGCGCACACCAUCUCCUCCAGCGAGCAGGGGCGCGCGGGGGCGUGUUUGCUUGCUCAUGUGCUAGCUUUUCGAUACUGAGCUAAAAGGAAUCAUGGAACAACCUGCAGUCGUGUUAGUGGUCGUUCUGGCUGUUGCUGCCGCCAAUCAGACCGUCAUCUCGCUGAACGGAGACAAUUGGAUCCUGUCCGAUAGUUUCGGACGAGUCAAGGGACUCCAGGCCACUGUUCCCGGACAAGUACACAUUGACCUAUACAAAGAGGGGAUUAUAAAAGACCCAUAUUACGGCUGGAAUGAUUGGGAGGAGAGAUGGGUCGCCUAUGACAACUGGCAGUAUUCGCUGACCUUUGACCUUACAUCGGAUGACGUAACUGGCCGCACUCUCUACCUGAGAUGUGGAGGUCUGGACACUGUUGCCAAUGUCACUGUGAAUGGCCUGCUCAUUGGACAG